CACAGACCCGUUGCUUCUUCAUCAGGACAUAAUUCAACAUUUCUGUCAGAGACUUUUACACAACAUACUAUGGACAUGGAAAGAGGUGAUGAGGAUCUAGAAGAGGAGUAUGGACCGUCUUGGAUGUCCGAGAACCAAGAGGACGAGAACUGGGACUCCGCACAGGACAGUGAAGAAGGCCCCGGUAUAGAGGUCAAUGAGGAGCCCUGCGAGAUCCAACCUCAAGAGGAGGAGGAAAGUGAAAAGCGGUUCCUUCCUCAGAGGAUGGUCAACCUGAACAGAGAUUUGACGACGUUAGUGACCAACAUCCAAACUGCAGCUGACGCCAAAGAGUCGAUGCGAAGGGCAGAGCUGGAGGAAGCUCGCAGACAACGAUUGGAGCGACUUGAGAAGGACUCGAGAUCCAGCCAGGAAAUAUUUGAGGAGAUCACUAGAGGGUGGUCUUUAUCUACGCAGAAAGUGAUCCCUCAGGAGCUUCAGGAGGCCCUGAAAAACCAGCAGUGGUUAUGUGAUGCUCUCAUACAAGACAAGAAGAAACUCAUAAGUGACCUGCAACAGGAGCUAAAAGUUGGAGAUGACCGCUACGUGAAGGACUUGAGGAAGCAGGCCGAGGAGCUGGACCUGAUGAUGGAGAGGAUGGAGGAUCAGAUCAAAACCCUGAUAAAGGCCUACAGGGAGGAACUGGGUCAGAUAGAGAGAGUUUAUAGACAGGAAAUUGAAAUCGUACUCACAAAAGACGAUACGGAGUGGGAGCAACACAUGAAGGAUCUUUGGGAGGAAGAGCUGAAGAGGCUGACGCAGAGGACUGAGAAAGUGGCGGAGUAUGAAAAGAUAAUUCACAAUCUGAUGUAUGACACAUGGAGAAAGCACAGAAUCAUCCAGACAGAACAACAUGCAAGGUUUCAGGAACUGGAACGAAAGAGUAAACAACUACAUUUGGCAGCGUUAACAAAAGAGCAUACACAUCGUGAGAUUGCAGAAAGCAAAUUCACGUUGACUAAUAUAAGGACAAGGAUCAACAGGAUGAGGAAACAGAUGAAUAACCUUAGAGAAAAGUAUGACAGUCAGAAAGAUGAAAUUACAAAGAAGAGCCGGUAUUUGUCGGAGGACUACAAACGGAAAAUAGAGCAAUAUGAGUGCAUACAAAAAAAAAUCAAGCACUUUGCAGUCGCUGACGCCAGAAAAUUUGAGGAGAUGUGGCUAAUGAUUGAUGCCGAGGUGAAGCAACUAGUGGAGAGGGCUUUGGACAUCGACUCACAGAUCUGCAAGCAGCACCUUGGUUUGGCCUGGGAGCGACCCGCCAUGGAGUUCAUGGAGCUCUCUGGUCCCAUCCAGCCUCAGAGGCAGGUCUGUAAGCCCGGGCCCCAGGGUGUCCCUCAGAUGAUUCACACUGGACAAGAUUCACAGGACAGUCAGAGGAGGAUGGACCUCUCAGUAAGGAAGAAAAUACAGACUGACGGGAGCGCAGUGCAGAGCGAGAGCGGUGCAGAGGAGGAGGAAGGGAAGCUGUCCAUGGAAACGCUGAAGGAAGUGAUGGAGCUGCUGUGUGACAAGGCGGGCUUCCUGAUGGAGGAUAAACUCCUGAAACUGCUGACUCCCCUUGAUAAGGAGGAGCAGACCGUCGUGAAGCUUAGCUCUAUCCUCUGUUAUAUUGGAAUUGAAGAGGAGGAUAUUCCCAAGUUGGCUGCUUUCUUAUUGAACUACAAACAUCAGCAGAGGGAGCAGACUGAGGAUGUUUGUGCUGACCCGGGGGAAUCCAGUAACAGGGCAGAGGCAGAAGAGACCAACCCUACGUCUCAUCUGACGCCUGAACUCAUUUAUCCGCACGACGUUGUGCCUGCUCUAAAGCAUUUCCUCCGGCAGCAAGUGAGGUCCAGGGAGAGCUCUGCCCGCCAGCAUCACAGUUUUCCUGCAGCAGCCAGGGAUUCUUCAGAGGAUGAGGCCUACUGGCAGAGUAUGGGCAAUGUAAUCUCUGAGGAUCAACUGAAACUCUGGGAAUCAGCGGAGAGCCAACUGAGGCAGUACCAGGCGGUGCUGACGGAGAUCUUGGAUCUCGUCCCUGAGACUGAGGGUCUGCAGCAGCAGAACAGAGAGCUGCGGAUGUUGCUGCACCAGAAUCUCAAAGUCAGCACUGAUCUGGAGAUGCCGUAACCCAAACUCAAACUGGACUCAGCAGAACUCAGAGAGUCUGUCUAAAAUGUAUUCUGCAAAAUAAAGCCUC